AUGUGCACUGUAGCAGUCGGUGUCGGCAACGGCGAGACAGUAUCUGUGGCAUUUGCGAGGCAUGUCGAGUCGGGCGAGUGCCCGCAGGAUGCGGUCAAGGUCAAGGCCAAGUACAAGUGCUCGAUGGACGGAUGCAGCAAGCGAGGCGUGGUCCAGAACCUGUGCUUUGGCUGCCGCAAGCAUCACUGCCUUAAGCACCGCCACGAGUUUGACCACGGGUGCGCAAGCGCGAGCGGGCAAGCCGGUGGCGCGUCGUCGUCGGCAGCCGCCCAUCUAGCGUCCAAGGCCGGCGCUGCGGCAGUCGGCCUCGUCCCUUCCGGCCAGUCGUCGCUCGACAAGGUGGUGGCCAAGGACGCCAUGAUCUGCCUCAACAUGGACGAGUCCAACUCGGCACGCUCGCUCCGGGCGCUGUUCAAUAACUCGUCGGCCGGCGUCGUCUCUGACUGUGACGAGCAGUUGCUGCUCUCCAUUCCAUUUACCAAGAUGGUCAAGCUCGGCGCGCUUCUCCUCCGUGGUCCGGCCGGCUCGGCACCCAAGAGCCUGCGGCUGUUCAUCAACUCGCCGGACAUGGACUUUGACGACGCCGAGGACGCCAUUCCGGCGCUCGAGCUCGAUCUUAGCGAGCGCCAGGCCUUUGGCCACGAGCUCAUCAUGCUCGACAACGCCGCGUUCCUCCGCGUCGAUCACCUCACCCUCUUUGUCGCUUCCAACCAGGCGGAGGGUGAGGUCUCAGUCAUCGACCGGCUUGCGUUUUACGGUCCGGUCUGA